CAGACAUCAGUUUUGUUUCGAAUUUCGCAAAGGAUAGACGUAAUAAUGCCUGAAGUACACCGAGCUUUUGCAAAUUCCGGGAAGGUAGCGGGUUUGGAGAUUUGGAGAGUGGAGGACUUUGAACCGGUUCCAGUACCUAAACAUCAAUAUGGGAAUUUUUAUUCUGGAGACUCGUACAUAGUAUUAAAGACGACAGGCACAUCAACACUAACAUGGGAUAUCCACUUCUGGCUUGGCACCAAAACGAGCCAAGACGAAGCGGGGGCAGCGGCCAUUUUGACGGUGAACCUUGAUGAUGAGCAGUUCCAUGGGGAUGCUGUGCAGCAUAGAGAGUCCCAGGGCUACGAGUCGAGGCAGUUCUUGGGGUAUUUUGAACCAGCCAUAAGGUACUUGGAUGGAGGCCAUGCGUCAGGUUUCAACCAUGUGACUGUAAAUGCUGGAGCUGAGAAGCGACUCUUCCAAAUCAAGGGAAAGAGGAACGUGCGAGUGAGACAGGUAGAAGCAACAGUGAAAUCAAUGAACAAGGGCGAUUGUUUCAUCCUGGACGUGGACCACGAUAUCUUCUUAUAUGUUGGCGAAAAGGCAAAAAGCGUGGAACGUUUGAAAGCUAUAUCUGUGGCCAACCAGAUAAGAGACCAGGAUCAUAGCGGGAGAGGCAAUAUUGAGAUUAUUGACCCUUACUCGAAUGAAGGAGAUUUGAACAAAUUCUUCGAGAAACUCGGUGAUGGUGAUCAAGAUUCAGUAUCUGAUGCUGAAGACGGUGGUGAUGAUGAGGACUUUGAACGUGGUGAAGCCAAGGAAGUGGUAUUGAAUGAAAUAUCCGACAGUUCAGGCAAGAUGGAAAUCAAAAAAUUAUCUGGACCAUAUAAUAAAGAACAACUUGAUACUAAGGAAUGCUACAUCUUAGACACAGGAAGCAGUAUCUAUGUAUGGAUAGGAAAGAAAUCCAAUGGAACGGAGAAAUCAGAGGCCAUGAAAAAAGCACAACAUUACUUGGAGGUUAACAAUUACCCUUCAUGGGUACACAUUUCAAAAGUUGUUGAAGGAAUUGAACCCACUGCAUUUAAACAACACUUCCAAGACUGGAACUAACUUUUAAGUUGUUUUAUGUUUAAGUUGAAGCAUUGAGUUACUAUUGUACUACGUACUAGAGAGGACAUCGCUACUACACUAUUUGUAACACGAGUUAGAGUCAAUCGUCUUAAUUUUUUUUGUUACAUUGAUUGGUUUUAAUUGAUAAGUUUAUUCUUUUUUUUAAUAAGAUAU